AUGGAUAGAUUCUUCUUCUUCUUCCCUGUAGCCUUGCUUUGUAGUUUUGCAGCUUCUUUUACAGUCACUGCCCACCACAACAUAUCUACUGAUCAAUCUGCCCUUCUUGCCUUAAGAGCCCAAAUCACUUAUGAUCCUCAUGGCAUUUUAGCCGAGAAUUGGACGACCAAUAAUAAUGCCUCGGUUUGUAACUGGAUUGGUGUCACUUGCGGCCAAAUACACCCGAGAGUCGAGUCCUUGAACCUUUCGUUCAUGGAUCUCGGAAACCGCCUUCCUCCAGAACUAGGAAACCUCUCGUUUCUUGUUUCUCUCGACCUCCGUGGCAACCAUUUCCAGGGCGGUUUACCCCGGGACCUGGUGCGUUUACGCAGACUGAGAUUUAUGAGUUUCAGAGACAAUAAAUUCAGUGGAGAGAUUCCUUCAUGGCUGGGGUACUUGCCUCGGCUUAAAAUCUUGAUAUUGUCAAAUAACAGCUUCACAGGAAGUCUCCCAAACUCCAUGUUUAAUGUCUCAAAGCUGGAGAAGGUGGAGUUACAAUUUAAUCAGCUCACAGGCUCUAUACCUGCAACAAUCUUCAACAUUACAUCCCUGCAAGUGAUUGACUUCUCGAAUAAUAGAUUAACUGGGAAUCUUCCCCGGGAUAUCUGUCAAAAUUGUUCAACCUAUAGUAAAACAGAAAUGGAUAGAUUCUUCUUCUUCUUCCCUGUAGCCUUGCUUUGUAGUUUUGCAGCUUCUUUUACAGUCACUGCCCACCACAACAUAUCUACUGAUCAAUCUGCCCUUCUUGCCUUAAGAGCCCAAAUCACUUAUGAUCCUCAUGGCAUUUUAGCCGAGAAUUGGACGACCAAUAAUAAUGCCUCGGUUUGUAACUGGAUUGGUGUCACUUGCGGCCAAAUACACCCGAGAGUCGAGUCCUUGAACCUUUCGUUCAUGGAUCUCGGAAACCGCCUUCCUCCAGAACUAGGAAACCUCUCGUUUCUUGUUUCUCUCGACCUCCGUGGCAACCAUUUCCAGGGCGGUUUACCCCGGGACCUGGUGCGUUUACGCAGACUGAGAUUUAUGAGUUUCAGAGACAAUAAAUUCAGUGGAGAGAUUCCUUCAUGGCUGGGGUACUUGCCUCGGCUUAAAAUCUUGAUAUUGUCAAAUAACAGCUUCACAGGAAGUCUCCCAAACUCCAUGUUUAAUGUCUCAAAGCUGGAGAAGGUGGAGUUACAAUUUAAUCAGCUCACAGGCUCUAUACCUGCAACAAUCUUCAACAUUACAUCCCUGCAAGUGAUUGACUUCUCGAAUAAUAGAUUAACUGGGAAUCUUCCCCGGGAUAUCUGUCAAAGUCUGCCAAGACUCCGAGUGAUUUCUCUUUCUUGGAAUGGGCUGUCGGGCCAACUGCCACCAAGUCUGCCCCAGUGUUCACAGCUCCAGGUUUUAUCAUUGUUUAGGAACAUGUUCACCGGAGACAUACCUCGAGGGAUUGGAAACAUGACGAUGCUCCAGGAGUUGGAUUUGAACUCAAAUCUUCUCAUGAAUCCCGGGACAAUACCAAGAGAAAUUGGGAACUUAACCAUGCUCACUCAUUUAGGCCUAGGAGACUUGAAUCUUCGAGGUACCAUUCCAUCAGAAUUUGGAGAUUUUCGUAACAUUGGAAGAUUAGUGUUACAUUCCAACAGUUUGCAUGGUUCUAUUCCGCCAGGGAUAUUUAACAACACAAAACUAUUCCUCCUUUCACUCACCGAAAACAACCUUUCUGGCAAUCUUCCAAGCAACAUUAAUCUCCCCAAUGUUGAGUGGUUGUCUAUUGGGGUUAACUAUCUAAGUGGAGUCAUACCACACACCAUCUUUAAUGCUUCUAAACUAAGAACUUUUGAUGUGGUAACCAACAAUUUCCACGGCUCGAUUCCAACAUCACUAGGCCAGUUAAGAUCUAUUGAACAUCUAGGCUUUGGAACUAACUUUUUCACAGAGCCUUACCCUGAGCUUAGGUUCAUUGAUUCUUUGGGAAACUGCAAUAACCUAAUAUACUUGUCUCUCUCAUACAAUCCUCUCAAUGCUGCCAUUCCUUCAUCUGUAAAGAAUCUUUCUUCUCUGCAAUACUUUCUUGCAAGGAAUUCUGGGCUUAAAGGAACAAUUGCACGAGAAUUGGGUAAUCUGAGUAGUCUGGUAACAAUAAAUCUGGGGUACAACUCAUUGACUGGAUCUAUUCCAAUCACUUUUCAAGAAUUAUCCAAUCUUCAAGGUUUGGGUCUUAAUGAUAACAGGAUUGGAGGAUCCAUACCAGAAGCUCUUUGCCAUUUGAAGAAUAUUGGUUUCCUAUAUCUGAGAGGAAAUCAAAUAACUGGUAUGAUUCCAGGGUGCUUGGGAAAUGUGACUUCUCUAAGGAGACUCUACUUAAGCAAUAACAAGCUCACUUCUACUCUACCUGCAAGCCUGGGAAACCUCCAUGAUCUGUUGGCUUUAUAUGCAUAUUCAAACUUUUUGAAUGGAAGCAUACCUGAAGAGCUAGGAAGUUUGAAGGUAGCAACAGAAAUAGAUCUGUCAAGGAAUAAUUUCUCUGGGGAAAUUCCUCGAACACUUGGAGGGCUAAAUCAGUUGAUCAAUCUCUCUUUGGCACAGAACCAAUUACAAGGUCCAAUCCCCAGUUCAUUUGGUGCCUUAGUGGCACUAGAAAGACUUGAUCUGUCUCAGAAUAAACUGGUUGGUAGCAUCCCCAACUCAUUUCAAUCACUGCAAUAUUUGAAGCAUUUCAAUGCCUCUUUCAAUCAACUUUCUGGAGAAAUCCCAACCAAAGGCCCUUUUGCAAACUUCACCCAAGAUUCUUUUCUGUCAAAUGUUGCAUUUUGUGGUGGCUCUCCUCAUCUGCAAUUCCCUCCUUGUCAACCUGAUUCACCUAAAUCUGCCAUGAAAUCCAAAACCCGGAAAUUACUGAUAAUUUUAGCCCCAAUUGGCUCAAUAGUGCUCAUUCUUGGCAUUACUAUGGUGUUUUUAAGGUUUAGAGCGAAAAAAAGCAUCCCCACUAUAACAACCAUAUUUCCUGCUAUAACACAUGAGAGAAUUUCUUAUUAUGAGCUUGAAAGGGCAACCAAUGGAUUCAGCCAAGAAAACUUUCUUGGAAAGGGAAGCUAUGGAUCAGUUUACAAAGGGGUGUUCUUGGAUGGGACAAAUGUUGCAGUGAAGGUUUUCAACCUGGAAAUAGAAGGGGCAUUCAAGAGUUUUGAUGUGGAAUGUGAGGUGUUUCGUAGUAUUCACCAUAGGAAUCUUGUCAAAGUAAUCACUAGUUGCUCAAACCUGGAUUUUAAAGCCUUGAUACUAAGAUUCAUGGGUAAUGGAAGCCUGGAGAAGUGGUUGUAUUCUGACAAUCUUUUCUUGGACAUCCUUAAGAGAUUGGAUAUAAUCAUUGAUAUUGCAUCCGCUUUGGAGUAUCUUCACCAUGGUUAUUCUAUUCCCAUUGUUCAUUGCGAUUUGAAACCUAGUAAUAUCUUACUGGAUGAGGAUAUGGUCGCUCAUGUUAGUGAUUUUGGCAUUACGAAGUUGUUGGGUGGAGGUCGGGAUAGCGCGGUAAGAACAAAGACCCUGUCAACUAUGGGGUAUAUUGCACCCGAAUAUGGGUCAGAGGGCUUGGUAUCGACGAGUUGUGAUGUCUAUAGCUUCGGGAUUUUGGCGAUGGAAACAUUCACAAGAAGAAAAUCGACAGACAACUCAUUCUCCGGAGAUUUCAGCAUAAGGGAUUGGGUAGCUGCAGCACUACAGAACUCAUCAAUGGUGCACAUUAUGGAAGAGAAUAUGUUGAUAUCAUCAGAUGAUGAUGCUGGUGUAGCAGCGGCUAAGGUGGAGUGUGUUACCUUAAUCAUGGAAUUAGGCUUGAGAUGUUCCACACAAUUGUCUGGGGAAAGAACGAGCAUGGAAGUUGCCUUAGUAUCACUCAAGAAGAUCAAAGCUCAAUUGCUGCCCAAAUUGCAUUGAUUGUAUUAGGGGUGGGCAUUUCGGUUCGGUUUAUCCGAUCCGAACCGAACCGAACCGAAUUGGUCCGAACCGAAUUGAUCCGAUCCGAACUAGUAAUACAAAACUGAACGGUUCGAGA